UUUGAACAAAGAAUCAUCAGUUGCACAAUGCCAAGGAUUAUGAACAAAAUAAUAUUUGCCACGUUUGAGGUGCUUCAGACGGCAGUCAAGUAGAAACAAAGCCAAAGAUGUGAAAUUUGGCGGAUUUUUGAGGAGAAGCGUUUUUGUUCAUCGAAGCACAGCUGUUUCGUCCAGUCGAGUUUCAGAGGUCAAAGACUGAUUCUCCAAGCAUUUGUUUAAGAGAAAAAAAAACGAAAAACAAAGGAGAUUUCAUAAACAAACACUCGAUAGCUUGCAGCUCAGAGCGUGUGCAUUGAUUUUUCUCAGCAGAAUUUUAAACAGUGAAACAUUCUCAAAAAACUGCAAGUUACGAAAUAGGUUCCAAUUUUGACAUAGCAAGAUGGAAGAGUUUGACUUAGACAUACUUAAUACUAACGUGUUCAGCGAUCUUAUGUGGAGUAUGAAGUCGUAUAAUCCCAAACGUUACAAAUACUCCGUGCAAAGAAGUCCAGCAGAAAUAAAGCAACAUGUUUUAGAGUCUAGAAGGGUUACACACAUCAUUGAUGAGACUGCAAAAGAACAAGGAAAAACUAUUGGUGAAAUAAAGGACCAGGCUAAAGCCAUUUUGGAUGAAAUGGGACACAAUUACAACAUGAAGACACUUCGAUUUAUGGCUUUCAUCAUGAAGAAGAUUUUGUCAACUCUGCUUAGAAAAGUGCUUGUGAACAAGAAAGGAAUUGAAAGGCUAAGAGAAGCAUCUGUCCAUAAUCCUGUAGUGUUAAUUCCAUGUCAUAGAAGCUAUCUAGACUUUCUUCUUGUGUCAUUCAUCUGUUUUUAUGCUGAUCUUCCAAUACCCUUCGUUGCUGCUGCACAAGACUUUAUGAACAUGAGAGUUGUAAGAAGACUUUUCCGUCGUAGCGGUGCCUUCUUCAUGAGACGAUCAUUUGUAAACGACAAACUCUACUGGGUUAUUUUUGCUGAAUACAUACAGAACCAGCUGCAAAAGGGAGACAAACCACUUGAAUUCUUCAUUGAGGGGACAAGAAGCAGGACUGGAAAGUUUCUCCACCCAAAGCUGGGGUUAUUAUCAAUGGUUGUAGACCUGUAUGCUAAUGCUGGAGUCCCAAAUGUUUUACUUUGUCCUAUUAGCAUUAGUUACGAUAAGGUGGUUGAAGAAUCACUGUUUGCAUAUGAACUGCUCGGUAUCCCAAAGCCAAAGGAAUCCUUGAGAGCUUUGAUAAAAAGUCGAUCAGUUCUUUCUGAAGACUAUGGCAAUAUUUACAUCAACUUUGGUGAGCUAGUUCCUUUGAGUAGCUGCAUUGAGGGGAAACUUGAUAGAAUGGCUACUGCAGCAAUUCCAAGACAUUUGUUGCUUUAUCUCACUGAAGAAGAGAAAGAAGUAGUGAGACAAACUGGAUAUGGUAUCAUCGCUAAGUUACAAUCUACAAUGGUAGUGACCUCCUCAGUCACAGUGUCUUCCAUAAUGUUGCAACAUCAACAGGGAUUGCUGUUUGAUGAAUUAGUUGCCAAAUUUGAGUGGCUUCAACAACUGUUUAAGAUGUUCAGUAUUCCUAUAGCUCCUUCAGAUUAUCCAACUACCAUAGAAGUCAUCAAAGACAGCAUCAACUUUCAAAAAUCAAGUCUUGAGGUAGACUCGUAUGGUGUUGUAAGAAUUAAAGAACCUCAGAGAUCAGACAGCGAGGAGCAUGGCUCAGCCAUUGCACACGCAUCUCGGAAACAACACCAUGUUAUCAGCUCAGUUAAGGAUGUCUUGGAUGAAGCAGCAAUACACUUGCAACUUGCAUACAAGCGCAACACACUGCUGCCAUACUUCUUUGGCAUUGGGAUGGUUUCCAUGGCAAUUAACAAACAGCGUGGCAGUUUAAAACAAUUAGGAAUAUUAACAGAAGACUUCAACUUUCUAUCGGCCCUGCUUAUUCAAGAGGUGUCAGGGCUGGCUGAAUCCCUUCCAAAGGUUUUUCAGCAAACUCUAAACACUUUGCAAGAAAACAAUAUACUGGUMUACAGCAACAACAACUGUCUUGUUGUUCAUCAAGAUUCUUGUUUAGAGUUUGCAGCUGGUCUUUGGGUACCUCUGCUCACUGCUUAUUGGGUUGUAGCUGAAUAUCUUAUCAAGAAUGCAGACAGUGAAGAGAAAUCCAUUGGAGAUGUCCAGAGAGGAGCACAGCAUCUUGCUGCAGAAUAUGUCUUGUCAGGAACAAUUAAUCAAUAUGAAGUCUUGUCAUUGGAAUUGCUCAAAAAUGCCAUUGGUGCUUUUAAAGACAUCAAAGUGAUAACAGUAAUGAAAAGACCAAACACGAAAGUAAUCACUAUUCCUGAUAGAAACGGCCUUCGAAUGAUACACAAUCGAAUUGGUGAAUUUUUGCAUCUGCCGCAAGAUACGAAAUACAUUUCACCGCCGAUGUCAAAACUUUGAAUGAAGAAAUAGAUAUCAAAUUAAUAUCAAUAAUAUUAAUAAUAAUUUUUUAAACUUACUUCCAAUAUUUGGAACAAUUAGCGAUAUAUAAUAAAAAUAAACUAAUAGGUCAUUUUGA